AUGACCACCAUCCUAACCAUCCCUACUCGUAUCUCAACGCGACCAUCACUCCUACCCAGACUCAUCCCUUCCAUACUCCAUCCUCCCCUUUCCUGCCAUGUUCGCCAAUAUACCAGAAACCUGCUAUACACCUCUCGCGCAGAGCCCCUCGAACCAGGCACAACCGUCACCAGCGACACCAACCAAACCUACAAGAUAGAAGAGGUCCUUUUCCACGCCGAGAAAACCACUUUGCAUCGCCCAAACCAAACAAUACAUCCUCAAGAACCUAAUCCCGGCGAAUUCGACUACCAGCGCGACAUCCACAACCAACUAUCCCCCUACCCCAACAUCCGAACCGUAAUCGACACCAUCCAAGAAUCCGAAACAUUCAUUUACCCCAUCCUCAAGACCAACCUGCUCCAAUUCCCCCAGAAGAAUCUAUCCCAAGCCACAAGGAAGCAGAUCCUCCGAAGCGCACUACAGGGUCUAGUCGACAUGCAUGCUAACAAUAUACAUCAAACCCAACAACAUCCUCAUAGACUACACUCCCCCGGCAACCACAGACCAAGAAAUCACCACUAUAACCCAAGUCCAGAUCGGCGAUCUGGAGGACUCAGUGAUCAUCCCCCCGGAAAAUGGAUAAAAGGACCUCUCUGCGGAAACGCCAUGUGGAGAAGUCCCGAGAGUUGGGCAAGAGCUAGUCAGGAUCAAGCUUCGGAUGUGUUUUCUUUUGCUUUGGUGAUAAUCUACGUCAUGCACAAACACAUGCCGUUUUACAUCCCCGGCGUCGAACUCAACACUGAAGACGCAUGGCGCCAUAUCCUCCCCCUCCAUCUAUCCUACUUCGCAGAUAUAGAUGGUCUAGAGCUGUUCCUGGGACAUAUCGGGGAAGACAAUCCGUAUUUCCAAUGCAUGUUGGAACUGGUUAGUACUUUUGGGCCAGAGAAUCCGAUAAAGCCGAUCAGAAGGUGGACGGUGUUGGAACCUGAGUUGAGGGAUUUGGUGGAGAGGAUGGCGAGACUGGAUCCGAGGAGAAGGAUUACGGCUGAGGAGGCAUUGGAGCAUCCUUGGUUUGGUGAUUGUUGAGGGUUGUGGGGAGGUAGUGGUUUGGUUUGGUUGAUGGGGUGGGACUGCUGGCUUGUUCUGGUGGGGUGUGUAAGAUUAAGG